CUAACAAUCUCUGGAGGGUAAAUAUUUAUUCCCAGAUAAUCAUAGAAGAUUAGUGAUAAAAUAAUAAAUAACUCCCCUGAACGGUAGUCCUGUAAAAAGGGUUACUUAGUUGAUAAUCGGACGGCGGUAACAAAAAUUUUUGGGGAGCUGGACGAAAUUUACAAACUAUGGCUCAGCCUGAAAAAGAACUGCACAAAAACAUAUCCAGGUUUGAAAAGUACUGUGACAAGUUUGGGAUAAAUCCAAAUCUGCUCAUGCUCAAAGUAACACUUUUCAUGAUGUAUGGAGCUAGUGCGUCUUUAUUACCUUUUCUGACAAUUCAUAUGCAAAGUAUCGGUUUAACAGUAGAAGAAAUCGCAAUAAUCUACUUAGCGCUUCCUCUCACAACAUUUCUCAGCCCUCCGGUGACAGGGUUUCUUGUCGACAAAUUUGGCCAUUAUAAAUCCGUUGUGAUAUUCUCACUCGUACUCAAUGGGCUGUUCCACCAUUCGCUGAUGCUUAUCCCGCAGCAGGAAAUUCCAGGGAUGGUACCACUGGCGUACGUUCUGCGCCAUCCAGAAACAGGCAAAGUAGAGGUAUGGUGGAGUCCAUGUCCAAGUAGAGAAUGCCCCGAUGAUGAGGAGUUGAAUUUAAUCUUAGACGACUGUUAUGACCAUUGCCUACUUAGAAAUUCUUCAGUCAAACCGCCUGGUCUUUUGGCGGGGAUACAUCAUAGCAUUGCUGUGAAACCACCUACAUUCAUACAGCCACCACAUGGAAAUGCAUGGUGCCAACCGUAUUACAAUUCUCCUCACCAACACGAUGCUUUUGUCCAUGAAAAGGAUCUUCAGUUCCAUUUUGAAAAUAAAAAAAUUGGGACAACCACACAAAAAAAGAAAAAAGGAAUGACAGGGAAUGCAAAAAAUAGUACUAUGAAAGGUAAACCAAAAAAUGAAACUUUACCAACAAAUAUUACCCUUCCGAAAGAAGAAAUUCCACAAAAUAAUUCACAACAGUCAGCUUUAUUUAUUAUCGAUAUGCAUACUGACCUUGCUGGAGCGUCGCAAACCCUUGGGAUAGACAUAGAACCUGAAAGCGCUGAGGAAGGAACUGAAACAGAUUUCAGCCAGCACUUUAGCGAAAAACUGUUGGUCGACAACGGUGUUAAUUUUACAGCUUUGGAGGAAUCGGAUCUAAGAUGCGGAGGAUUUGUAAUGGCAACGAAUCUGACAUAUGGAACGCUGAAAGAAUUAGCAGCAGACUGUAUGCUUCAAAUCUGCCAAUUCAGGGAUGGUGGUCCUGAAGUCUGCCCUCCUGACUACAAGGAGUCUGGCGAUCAUGUCUUUUGGAUAUACUUUGUACUGCGAUUUCUGGGCACCACAAUGCUUGCAGCUUCAGUAACUGUAAUGGAUCCAAUUGCACUUACAAUGGUGCAGGAAUAUGGUGGUGAAUUCGGAAGAGAACGGCUUUUUUCUACUUUUGGAAUGGCCAUCUUUUCUCCUCUUUCUGGGGUGCUUAUCGACUAUAGCAGUAGAAACCUUGGGUAUACUGAUUAUUCUGCUGCCUUUUAUACAUACACUGUUCUCAUGGCGUUAUCUUCUUUGGCUGUACUUUUGAUGCCUGUCGGUGCCAAAUUACCGAAUGACAAUUUAAUGAAAGACAUGUUGAAGCUUAUAAAAAUGCCCCAUGUCAUGAUGUUUGUUGUGUUUUUAUUUAUUCUUGGAAACUGUUGGGGUUUCAUUGAAUCCUACUUAUUUUUAUAUUUGAAAGAACUCGGUGCAUCUAAUUAUUUACUCGGAAUCACUGUUUCUGUGGGAACGCUGAGUAGCAUUCCUUUCCUGUACGGAGCUGAGAAAAUCACGACCAAAAUAGGCCAUGUCAAUAUUAUAGUGAUCGCAUUUUUUGCCCAUGCUGCAAGACUGACAGGAUAUUCAUUUAUAUAUGACGCUUGGUGGUGUUUUCCUUUUGAGGCCAUUGAAUCAUUAUCUGUCCAUCUCAUGUGGGUCGCAGCAGCUACUUACUGCACAGUCAUCGCACCAAAAAAUUUACUCGCUACAUUAAUAGGAAUUUUAGGAAUGGCCCACUUUAGCCUCGGUAGAGGAAGCGGUAGUUUCUGCGGUGGUUUACUAAUAGAAAAAGUUGGCAUAAGACAGUCGUUCAAACUUAUGGGUUUAAUGUCAGUCGUGGCUGGUACUAUUUACGGCAUCCUCCAUUUCUUUUGGCUCCACAAAUACACCAACGACAAAGAAGAUGCAAAAGAUCACGCUGAGGUAGAAAAGUUGAAUUCAGAGAGAGAUGACUUAGAGAAGGACGAAAAAGAAAAGCUAUCCGAAAGUUGUGAGAGACUUAGCUUGAUGAUAAGAUUCAACCACAGGGGAUCACUUUCUUCCCUUACAGAUCCCCGCUCGUUGAGCAGGAGAAACAGUUCGAACGCAGAAGUGAGCAAAACUUUGCUAAAAUCAGCCCUGGAAAUAAACUACAGAAACUCAAAUCCCCAAUUAAGAACUUCUACGCCACAACUCUCAAAACUUUCUCAUAAAGUAGUCAAUGAUUGUGGGGGAACUCCUCAACCCGGUAAAAGAAACAAGAGCCCCAUCACCGCCGGAAGCCUGCCUGGAGACGAAUUCAGAGUUCGAAGUAACUCAAUUUUAGAAGAAGACGAAUGCGAUUCAGGAUCGGAUGGAAGUGUGUGCAAGGAGAACAAAGAGACAAAAGAAACAAAAUUAGAAGUAAAGUAGUACUUUUAAGUGGAAAAUAAUUUGAGCGAUAGAAAAAAAUCUACUUAAAAUUUUUUAUAGAAAAAUAGUUUUAUAGAUAAUGUUUUGUUUGUGAUAUUAA